GUUAGGUUUUGUGUUGCACAUAAACAAAGUAGUCAGCAAAGCCUCAACGCCCUCGACCACUUUUUGCUUAUUGCAUUAACCCGGAUAUCAGCCACCCUCGGUAGACGAUUUCGUUUGCAAAAAGUAAAUCCGUCUUCAUUCCUCUCCGAGUUUUCGCCACUGGAAGUAGCAACUUUUCGACCGAGCCACGAUGGAAGGAGAGAACAUUUUCCUUUUUGUGCCAAACUUAAUUGGUUAUGCCAGAGUAAUUCUUGCUCUGAUAUCAUUUUACUUCAUGCCGACUAAUUAUGUCCUGGCCUCCUGGUGCUACGUGACCUCAGCUCUGUUGGACGCAUUUGACGGACACGCUGCAAGAAUCUACGACCAGAGUACAAAGUUCGGAGCCAUGUUGGACCAAUUGACUGAUCGUUGUGGCACCAUGUGCCUCAUGGUGACCUUGUGUCUCUUUUAUCCGCAAUACACUUUCCUCUUCCAGUUGAGCAUGACUAUUGAUAUCGCCUGCCACUGGAUUCACCUCCACACGUCUCUUAUGCAAGGCAAGACCAGUCACAAGUUUGUCGACAUGGCUGGAAAUCCGAUUAUGCGAAUCUACUACACUUCCCGAACAGUUUUGUUCUGCAUGUGUGCCGGAAAUGAGUUGUUCUACGCCUCACUUUAUCUCCUGCAUUUCACCUCCGGCCCAAUCGUUGGUGAAAUUGGACUGUUCAAGCUGCUUUGCUACGUGACCUUCCCAGUGGCAGUCGUCAAGGCGUUAAUUGCCCUUUUGCAGGGUUACGUCGCUUGCCUAAACCUUGGCACCAUUGACGUUAAGGAAAGGGAAGAAGCGCGCCAAGCCAAAGCACAAUAAUUUUAAUCAAGAUGGAUUUCUUUAAUUUUUCAAAGUUUUAUUCUGGUCAAAUGCAAUUUAUCAAAAGUUCCGAGGUAUGCAAUUAACUUUAAAUUGUUUCUCUCUUGUUUAUCAAAAUUACAAAAUUUGUUCAUGUCUUGCGCCGUACCGAAUAAUUCUGGCGCAGAAAAAUUAAUUCUUAAAAAUUGUGAGUUGGUGUCAAAAUAUUGAUGUUUGUGAGUUGAUUGUAUAUUUCUGUGCCAAAAAAAAAUGUUAAUUAGUCAAUCGCGUACUUAUGAGCUGUUGAAGAGUCAAUAGAAGAAGAAAAUAUUGCACUGUAGAAACUGAAAAUGUGAAAAAAUAAUUGUGUUAAAAACACAAAUUUUGAUAUUUUGACGGUUUAAAAAAACUUUUGUUAAAAUUAUGAUCAGAUUUUGAUUAAAAAAAAUUGAUGGUGUAUUGAAGGUCUAUAAGCUUGAAAAAUUAAUUAUUUUUUUUCUGAAACUGAUUGCUUUCCCUUUAAUAGCACCAACAGCUUACUCGUAUAUAGUGCAUGUGCUGGAGAGUAAGGAUCAAAUCGAAUAAUUCCACUUGCAUUUAUUGUGCUAGAGACUAUCAUAAUAAUUGAGGUAGUGCAAAUAUCUCACUCUGUUUAUUGCACCAAUCUAAUUAUAAAUGUCGCCUUCAAAAUUCCUCCCCCUUUGCUGUGAAAAAUAAAAUGUGGAGUUUGGAUCAUCCAAAAAUGUCUU